UGGGCAGCUCCGAAUACAGUCUUUCUCCACAAACACCUCUCGGUGCAGCCUCGUGGGGUAUGGGCCCUUGCCGCCAUUAAGUUGCUGCUUCCUCCCCGGAUGAGGGAUGAGGGCCCGAGGCUGGGGGUGGUUGUGGAGCUGGGGACAAACCGGCCAGGCCUCGGGGGUGAAGGACGGCCUGGUCUGGCCCGGGCCCCGGCCCCGGCCCCGGGGAGAGAUCCCUGAGUCACCGCCAAUCGGUUUUGUUUCGGUUUCGGUUUCGGUUUGUGGAUCCGCGGCGUCAGGGCACGGCGUAGGUCGCUCCCAGGGAAUACGGCCCCUGGCUUGGAGGCUGGUGGAGGCGGGACAUUGAUUAUUUGUAAGAUCGUGAGAGAGCGAUUCUGAAAAAAAAAGCAUCCGCAUUUCUCUAACUGUAAACCUGAAACAAAAAAAACAUACUGCUGGAGAAACUCAGCGAUUCUUGUUCGGCAGCGGUUUCCAGAGGUACAUAGGAAUGUGGAUGUCGGGAAAUAGAACUGUACCACGCAGGAAAACAGGCCCUUCGGCCUACCACGUCUGUGCCAACAGUGAUGCCAUUCUAAACUAAUCGCAUCUGCUUGCACGUGAUCAACCUUCCCAAGACACAGGGAUUGACUGAAAACUGCCAGUGCGUCUGUUCCUGUUUGCUGUACAUCAGCCAUGUUGGAAAAGUUAAGCGCUCACAGCUCAGGGUGAAAGGAUUAUGAACCUCUGAACGAUCAAGCUAUGUCUUCACACUAACGAUAAUCUUAUAAGAUUUUUGAUCUAAUUUAAUACAAUGUCUCGAAGAUAUGACUCGCGAACAACCAUAUUCUCGCCAGAAGGGAGGCUAUAUCAGGUGGAAUAUGCAAUGGAAGCUAUUGGCCAUGCCGGAACGUGUCUGGGGAUCUUAGCAAAUGAUGGUGUUCUGUUGGCUGCAGAGAGACGUAACAUACACAAGCUCCUGGAUGAAGUUUUCUUCUCUGAAAAAAUAUACAAGUUAAAUGAGGACAUGGCUUGUAGCGUUGCAGGAAUAACGUCUGAUGCCAAUGUCCUCACAAAUGAGCUGCGGUUAAUUGCCCAGAGGUAUCUACUUCAGUACCAGGAACCAAUCCCCUGUGAACAGUUGGUCACAACACUCUGUGAUAUCAAACAGGCCUACACACAGUUUGGAGGAAAGCGUCCUUUUGGUGUUUCUCUGCUGUACAUGGGAUGGGACAAGCACUAUGGCUAUCAGUUAUAUCAGAGUGACCCCAGUGGAAACUAUGGAGGAUGGAAAGCCACGUGUAUUGGGAAUAACAGUGCUGCUGCAGUUUCUAUGCUGAAACAAGACUUCAAAGAAGGAGAAAUGACUUUGGAGUCAGCACUUGCAUUAGCAAUUAAAGUGUUGAAUAAGACCAUGGACGUUAGUAAACUUUCAGCCGAAAAGGUGGAGAUUGCAACGCUGACCCGAGAAAAUGGAAAAACCCGCAUCAAGGUUCUGAAACAGAAAGAAGUGGAGGUUUUGAUUAAGCAGCAUGAGGAAGAAGAAGCAAAGUCUGAACGUGAGAAAAAAGAAAAGGAGCAAAAAGAGAAGGAGAAAUAGAACAACAAAUUAAUUGAGCUGCAGGUUCAUUAUUCCAGUAAGACUGGAAGUUUGCUGGAAAUCUGAAUGACUGCAGCGUCUUCAGGAGAGAAUUAGGUGAACCGGACGCAACCAAACUUCUUGUACACUUCGCACACCAAUUGUAUAUGCACUAGGAAUUACCAGAUGGGUUUUUAAAAUAAAGAAUAAAGGCAAAAAAAGCG